GCGUAGAGCUCAACAACAAAGAUAGGGGGUGUGUGAAAUUAUUGGCAGCGUUUCAGGUGACUCCAGGAGACACCUAAAGCGGGACUUGCCAGUGUGUUUGAGGGAGUGUGCGUGUGUGUGUACGAGUGUGUGUGUGUGUGGAGCAGCCAACACACACUUACAUUCGCUCACAACAUGGCGAUGAAGCGCCGAGAGACACGACGGCUCUCUCCCCACUAAAUGCAACCAUGUUCUGAGUGAAAGCAGGGUACUAUGCCAAAGGGAAAUACAUUAACUAAUAGCCAACUAAAAGUCUAUUUCAGAGAGGAUCUAAUUGCGGAUUCCAUUAUAUGCAUGUUGCUAGCGGUAUAGCUGGCUGUAGAGACCCGCACGCUGCUUUACCCCUCUGCUGGAAAUCAAUGCUUUACAUGGCGGUGGAGGCUAUCUGGGUGUUCUAUCUACUGUCGUUGGGCUUCUGUGGACCAUCCGUUCAAGAGAAGCCUGUAACGGUGGAGCUAAGCUGUGGGGCGGGGCCUGUCCUCGUGGUGCUGGAGACAGGACAGCCCCUGCUGCUGGACUGUCACCUGGGGGCCACGUCCCUGGACACGCCCCUCAACGUCACCUGGCUGCAGGAUGGGCUCCCCGUGCUGGAAGGGGAGGGGAACUCCCUCAGGACGCUUGCCAACGGAUCACUACUGGUGCUGCCCACCUCUAUGGAUGGUCGGACACCUCAAGGGGUGGAGGGGGGCUACAGCUGUGUGAGCGCCGGCCCCUUUGGAGCCCUGACCAGCCGCACCAUUGCCGUUCACCUGGCCACGCUGUCUCGUUUCCAUCAGGACCCAGAGACCCAGGUGGUGCCCCUUGGGGGUGCUUCCCGCUUUGAGUGCCAGAUAGACGGAGUGCCCACACCAAGGAUAACCUGGGAGAAGGACCAGGAACCCAUCCCCAGCCAGCCUAGGUUCAUCUCUCUCCCUAACGGUGUGCUCCAGAUCUUGGGGGCGGUUAAGGAGGAUGGGGGUGUGUACCGCUGUGUGGCCUCCAACUCUGCCCGGAAACGCUUCAGCCAGGAUGCCAUCCUCACUGUCACUACAGGUCCUGGCCCUGCCCAAAGUGAGGUAGUGAUUGUGGCACCUCCUCAGAAUGCCACAGUGGUGCAGGGGCGUCCAGCAGUGAUGGAGUGCAUGGCCCAGGGAGGGCACCCCAAACCCCUGGUGUCCUGGAGCAGACAGGAUGGGAAGCCCAUCGCCACCGACGUGGUUGUCCUGGAAACCAACCUGGUGAUCCCCAACACACGGCGUUACCAUGCAGGGGUCUACGUCUGCCGUGCCAACAAACCAAAGACCCGCGAGUUUGUCAUCGCUGCGGCUGAACUGCAUGUGCCAGCCCCACCAGUGAUCCUCCAGCCCCCAGAGACGGUUUCUCUCUCUCGGGGAAACACAGCCAGGUUUGUGUGUAACAGCUCUGGGGAGCCUCCCCCGGCACUGCACUGGCUGAAGAAUGGCAAGCCGGUCAAGUCUAACGGGCGGGUGAAGACCCAGAGCCCUGGGGUGCUGCUCAUCAACCAGCUGGGCCUGGACGACGCAGGGUACUACCAGUGCAUCGCUGACAACGCUCUGGGGACGGCCUGCGCCACAGCCAAGCUGUCUGUCAUUGUGAGAGAGGGUCUACCCAGCCCGCCACACCAGCUCUCUGCCACGCCCCACUCCAGCACCACCGCCCUUCUCACCUGGGAACGGCCUGAACACAACAGGGACCAGAUUAUAGGCUUCUCUGUGCACUACCAGCCCACUUCAGGCUCUGAUCACAUGGAAUACCAGUUUGCUGUGAACAACGACACCACAGAGUACCAUGUGAAGGAGCUACUGCCACACACAGCCUAUACCUUCUACGUGGUGGCCUACUCCCCCAUGGGAGCCAGCCGCCCGUCACUGCCCGUCACCGUGGAGAUGCUGGAGGACGUACCCAGUGCCCCUCCACAGCUGUCCCUGCUCAGCACCUCCCCUACAGACAUCAGAGUGAUGUGGCUGCCCCUGUCCUCCCAGCACAGCAGAGGAGCUGUCACCCGCUACCGCAUCGACUACUCCACACUGGAACAAGUGGACAACGUGUUUUCUGUGGAGGUGGGGGGGAAUGAGACUCAGCUUACCUUGCGAGAGCUACAGCCUAACCAGGCCUAUCGACUGCGGAUGGCGGCGGGAACGGGAGCAGGCUUUGGUGUGCCAUCUGAGUGGUCUCAGCACCACACCCCAGCCCACUUUAACCACAGCAUGGUGAUCUUUGCUCCCACAGAGCUGAAGGUUAGGGCCAAAAUGAACUCCCUCCAUGUCACAUGGCAGCCCCCGCCCAAUCACACGCAGAUCUCCGGCUACAAGCUCUUUUGCAGGGAGGUGGUUGGUGAAGAGCUGACCAAUGGGGAGACUCAUCCUGAGAGGGAGCGGGUGAGGAGGAUGGAGGCCCACACCAUCAAGCUCCGCAAGAGGGUCAAACAUCAUGAAGUCUCUAGUCUGGUCCCUGACAGACUAUAUGAAGUGAAGGUGUGGGCCUUCAAUAAGCAGACGGAUGGCUAUGCUGCAGGAUGGAAGGGCAGGACAGAGAAGGCACAUGGCAAAGCACCCCCUAAGGGGAACCCCCCUCCCCUGCCCCCCAGCAGCAUCAAGGCUACAGCCAACAGCUCCACAUCCAUCUGGCUGCGCUGGGAGAAACCUCGCUUCAGCAACGUCCGCAUCAUCAACUACACCGUACGCUGCAGCCCGGCCGGCAUCAGAAACGCAUCGCUUGUGUCCUACUACACCAGCUCUGCUCAGGAGAUCCUCUUGGGGGCGCUAAAACCCUACACCCGUUAUGAGCUGGCUGUGCAGUCCAUUGGAGGAGACGUGGUUGGUCCCUUCAGCGGCACCGUGGAGGAGUCCACUCUCACUGACGUACCCUCCACCCCCCCAGCGGAGCUGCAGCUCAGUGCCUUGGACUCCUCCUCUGUGUUGGUGAACUGGCGUACGCCUGUGGAGCCCAAUGGCAUCAUCAUCAGCUACAGGAUCCUAUACACCAUCAACCUCAGCCAGCCUGAGCAUCUGUGGAACAACCUCUCCCAAGAUGGUGGGUGGGUGGCUGAAGGGACCAUCAUGAGUGCUGAGGUAACAGGGCUGUCUAGUGGUACACAAUACUUCUUUAAGAUGAGGGCGUCAACUGAGGUGGGGGUGGGGCCUUAUUCCCCAGUGAAGGAUGUGCGCACUCCUCCCAGGAAGUAUGAGCUGGACAUCCAUGCAGUGACAGGCAUCAUAGUUGGUGUGUGUCUGGGGCUGCUCAGCAUUCUCCUUUGUAUGUGUGUCAGCUUCCGCAACGGCAAGGCCAGAGAGGUGUCUGGAGGGCUGGACUCCACAGCUCUACCUCCACAGUACCGCCGUGGGGGUAGGUCUGUGCCCACCAUGGUGCCAGAAUGCAGUGAUUGCCAUGAGCUAGAGACCCUGAUGCCCCUGGGCAGCCUGGACCAUGACCAUGACCUUGCCCAACCCCUCACAGAGCCCACUGAGGAGCACAGCCUCAUGGGUAAUGUAGGAGUAGGGGACGAUGCCCUAGGAGCUGAGCUCAAGGCUGCUUGGAAUGGGUCAGUUAGUUGUAACUGGGCCAACCGGAUCACCAAAUACAGGGAUACCAUCACAGAGGACUCUCCAACGCUCAACAAUGGAACUUUGGACAUGGCCAACACAGAGAAUGGCAAGGGCGACCCUGAGGACCGACUGGGCUCCUCCCUGUGCAGCAGUAACCAGGUGGAGGCAGAGGUCAUAGUUCACUCUGAGCUGAACGACCUGGAGAAGGAGCAGCAGGAGGCGCGGAGUGACAAGGAUGAGGACUCUCAGGCCACCAGGGGGCCGUCAUUGUCCGAGGCAGCUUACUCCCCAGUCAGACAGCCUUCCCAGGCGGCACAACAUCCAGGGGAGCCAGUCAGACAGCCUGCCCAGGCACCACAGCAUCCAGGGGAGCCAGUCAGACAGCCUGCCCAGGCACCACAACAUCCAGGGGAGCCAGUCAGACAGCCUGCCCAGGCACCACAGCAUCCAGGGGAGCCAGUCAGACAGCCUGCCCAGGCACCACAGCAUCCAGGGGAGCCAGUCAGACAGCCUACCCAGGCACCACAGCAUCCAGGGGAGACAGUCAGACAGCCUGCCCAGGCACCACAACAUCCAUCACCAGGGGAGGAGUCCCUAGAGACACAACCCCUGCCCAAGGUCCCACCCGGCCCUGUCCUGGAGCCAGUGUUCAAUCACAAUGGGCAGCCAGAGGGCAUGGUUGGGGGCAUGGUGGGCGUGGCAGCCCAGCUGACUGUAGAUGUGGGGCGGCAUACGGGAACAGGGCUCACGAACGGCUUCCACUCCACCAAGCCCCUGCGGACAGGGCAGGAGACCCUGGGGAACGGGGACUCCAGACACUGCCCCCCUCUCCCGUCCCCCUCUCCUUUCGUCAGCACCGGCCUUGUCCACUCUAACUCUGCAGCGCACAGCUACCUGUGCCCUUAGCAAGAGAAGAAACAAACCCCCACACCAAGACCAGUUGGACUUCUUUCUUUUUCUCAUCCAUGAUGAAUCCAAUUUUUUUUUUUUUAAAGCACCUCAGUAUCUGAUUUUCUUCUUCCUGGCUCAGUUUUAUAGGUACUUUGAAUCCAUUGUUUUAUAUGUGUAUAUAUACAGUAUAUAUUUUUUUGUGCUAGUAAGUAUGGGUAUUCAUUUUGUUGCAUAGCAGCAGUAUGUUAGUCUGGCCUUACUCUGUGCUUUGCUACAGGCUCCUGUUACAGAUGACGGAAGCAUAAUGUAGAAAGGAGGAUAUUCCCUUUUUUCAUAAGCCUUGACCUGUUGGUCUCUGAGAUUGAGCGUGGACGUGUGGUACUUCAAGACCUACCUUUGGUCAACUGAUGAUGGUAGAGAGGCUCUUGAUUCAGCACCAUGGAGGAAGAUAGAGCAGAACCGUGACCAUGUGGCCCUUUCACUCUCACUCUCGCUCCUUUCCAAUGACUGAGCUGUUCCUAUUGGCUGUUCCACUGUAUGGCUGCUCCUGCCCCAGCACCAGGAAAGAAGCCUGAUAUUUAGACACAGAGUGCGGACCUCUUGUCUCUCUCUCUCCAACCUCCUGCUGUCUCAGGAUCCACACACACAUUCCCUGACUGGGGGUCUCCCUGACUUGGGGGUCUCAGGUGCCUAAUACUUUUAGGUGCAUUUUUAACCUCUGUAUAUUUAUAUAGAUGAUUAUAUUCAAUAAGAAUAGGACAAAUAUGUUGAAAAUGAAGAAAAAGGAAAAUAAAUGAGGCAAUUUAAGAAAAUUUGAAGGAACCGCAUACAGUACAUGUAGUUGAUAUAGGUUGCAUUAUUCUGGGGGGGGGGGGGGCUAGAUGAGAUGUGUAGGUGUAUGAUAAAAUAACACAUCUUAAGCAGUGGUCUCCUGGUUUUGCUCCCAGUCAACAGCACUACCUCAUUUCUUUACAGGAUGGUUUGUUGGUGAUUUUAAUUGUGUCAUGCAGAUAGGUGCAACUUUUAGAAUCUGCUUUUUAACUGUUUGAUUCAUAGCCUUCAAUACUUUCAGGAAUAACUUCUUGUCCUCUUCUUUCUAUAUACAUCAAUUUGUUAUUACCUACAGGAAAUGACACGUAUGGUACAUAACGGACUGUCUCAGAUCUCUGUUUAUUGCCCUUUUCCUCAUUAUCGGUUGUCCCAUUCGAUCUGGGUUUCCAGCUGUCGUCACCCCACUCAAUGUUACAUCUACUUUGGACGGGAGAAGAAAAACAUUUUUAAUUUACCAGUUACCUCAAAUCACUUUUCACCUUAGGUAAAUCAUGCAGCAGUUUAGUUACCAGGCCUGCUAUAUGGUAGUCUGUUACUAGACCUACUACAGAGGAACAAGCCUCCGUCGGGAGGCCUCACCCGUUGUGAUGCUAUCUGACUCAUCCUCUCUCAGCUGUGUCUGAGCUCCUCCCUCUGCAGGUGGGGGGGGAUGGUAAUAUCAUAGAGAAAUAAACCUAGAAACCACUUCUAUUUUCAGCCAUAUUUACAUUCUUUCUUUGUACUUUUGACUCUCGCCUGCCUGAGGUCUUUCACAAUACCAUAUGUAAAGUCUACACCCCUUUGAACUUUUUUCACAUUUUGCUGUGUUACAUAGUGGAAUUAAAAUGGAUUUAAUUGUCAUUUUUAUAUACUCUGUAAUUUUAAAGUGGAAGAAAAAUUAUGUAAUUUUUAAAAGAUUAAUGAAAAAUAAACACUAAUAUAGGUUAGGUAAGUAUUCACCCUCCUGAGUCAAUACAUGUUAGAAACACCUUUGGCAGUGAUUACCGCUGUGAGUCUUCCUGGGUAAGUCUCAUAAGAGCUUUGCACAUCUUCAAGCUUUGCAAAAUCUUCAAGCUCUGUCAAGGUGUUGGGGAUAAUGGCUAGACAGCAAUUUUCAAGUCUUGCCAAAAAAAAAAUGCGCCGAUUUAAGUCAAAGCAGUAACUUGCCCACUCAGGAACAUUCACUGUCUUCUUGGUAAGCAACUCCAGUUUAGAUUUGGCUUUGUGUUAUAGGUUAUUGUCCUGCUGAAAGGUGAAUUCCUCUCCAGGUGUCUGGUGUAAAGCAGAGUGAAGCAGGUUUUCCCCUAGGAUUUUGUGUGCUUAGCUCCAUCCGUAUUCUUUUCAUCCUGAAAAACUCCCCAGUCUUUCCCAAUGUCAAGCAUACCCAUACCAUGAUGUAGCCACCCCAUGCUUGAAAAUAAGAAGGCAGUUACUCAGUGAUGCGUUGUGUUGGAAUUGCACCAAACAUAAGGCUUUGCUUUUAGGCCAAAAAGUUUAUUCAUUUGCUGUGUUUUUUUGCAAUAUUACUUUAGGGCCUUGUUGUAUACAUAUGCAUGUUUUGGAAUAUUUGUAUUCUGUGUAUUUCUAUUCUUCUUUUCACUCUGUCAGUUAUGUCAUUAUUGUGGAGUCACUGCAAUCUUGUUGAUCCAUCCUCCGUUUUCUCCCAUUACAGCCAUUGAACUCUAUAGCUGUUUUAAAAUCACCCUAUGGCCUCAUGGUGACAUCCCUGAGCAGUUUCCUUCCUGUCCUGCAGCUCAGUUCAGAAUGACGACUGCAUCUUUGAUGUCUCUGGGUGAUUUAAUACAUCAUUCACAGCAUAAUUAUUGACCAUGCUUAAAGAUAUAUUCAAUGUCUGAUUUGUUGUGGUUACCCAUCUACCAAUCACUGCCCUUCUUUAUGAGGCUUUCCAAAAGCAUACCUGGUCUUGUAGUUGAAUCUGUGCUUGAAAUUCAAUACUUGACUGAGGGACCUUACAGAUGUUGUAUGUAGGGGGGACAGAGGAAGGGGUAGUCAUUUGAAAGUCAGUUCAACCCCUAUUAUUUCACGCAGAGUGAGUCCAUGUAACUUAUGUGAUUUGUUAAGCCAAAUGUUACGUCUGAACUACUUUAGGCUUGCCUAAACAAAUGGUUGAAUACUUAUGCAACAACUAUAUUUUAGUUAUUUAAUUUGUAUUAAUUUGUAAACAUGUGUAGAAUUUUCUUUUCACUUUCACAUUAUGGAGUAUUUUGUGUAGAUCAAUGACAAAACAUACAAUUAAAUCUACUUCAAUCCCACUUUGUAACGCGACAAAAUGUGAAAAAAAGUUUGAAGCGGCGUAGACUUUAUAUUGGCACUGUAAAUAAUCCUUCUGACAAACACAGAUCCUCUAUUUUGUAUUA